CAUGAAAUAAACAGAAUGCUCGCCAGAGGGUUGCAACUAUUUUGGAAAUAGCUUUGUGAGAAGAGAUUUCGGAUCUACUCACAUCCCCACGUUAGAGAAACUGAACGACUUCUAAUUCCUUUACUUGGCUGACAUCCUUUACGGUGCCUUAGCACAUGGAUUUCAGGACUGCCUGUGAAGAGACAAAGACAGGGAUCUGUUUGCUGCAGGAUGGUAAUCAGGAGCCUUUCAAAGUUCGGCUGCACCUAGCCAAAGAUAUUUUGAUGAUCCAGGAACAGGAUGUGAUAUGUGUGUCGGGUGAGCCUUUCUAUUCUGGUGAAAGAACGGUGACCAUUAGAAGACAAACUGUAGGAGGAUUUGGAUUAAGCAUAAAGGGGGGAGCAGAACAUAAUAUUCCAGUUGUCAUUUCAAAAAUCUCCAAGGAGCAAAGAGCGGAACUUUCAGGACUGCUUUUUAUAGGAGAUGCAAUUCUACAGAUAAAUGGAAUCAAUGUGAGAAAAUGCAGACAUGAAGAAGUGGUUCAGGUGCUUCGGAAUGCUGGAGAAGAAGUGACCCUAACAGUGUCAUUUUUAAAAAGGGCACCUGCUUUCCUCAAACUCCCACUGAAUGAAGAUUGUGCAUGUGCUCCAAGUGACCAGAGCAGUGGCACCUCCUCACCUCUUUGUGACAGUGGCUUGCAUCUCAACUAUCAUCCCAACAAUACAGACACGUUGUCAUGUUCUUCAUGGCCAACAUCUCCAGGCUUGAGAUGGGAAAAGCGAUGGUGUGACCUUAGGCUGAUCCCGCUGCUUCAUUCACGUUUCUCUCAGUAUGUUCCUGGGACGGAUUUGAGUCGGCAGAAUGCUUUCCAAGUCAUUGCUGUGGACGGGGUCUGCAGUGGGAUUAUUCAGUGCCUCUCUGCUGAAGACUGUAUUGACUGGCUACAAGCAAUAGCAACUAAUAUUUCAAACCUCACAAAGCACAAUAUUAAAAAAAUCAACCGAAACUUUCCUGUAAACCAGCAGAUAGUCUAUAUGGGCUGGUGUGAAGCACGGGAGCAGGACCCUCUACAAGAUCGUGCAUACUCACCAACAUUUCUAGCCCUAAGGGGAUCAUGUCUUUACAAGUUUCUGGCACCUCCAGUGACAACAUGGGACUGGACUCGAGCAGAGAAAACAUUUUCAGUUUAUGAGAUUAUGUGCAAGAUUCUCAAGGACAGUGACCUACUGGACCGGCGGAAACACUGCUUCACCGUGCAGUCCGAGUCUGGGGAGGAUCUCUAUUUCUCUGUGGAGUUAGACUCUGACCUCGCCCAGUGGGAAAGAGCCUUUCAAACAGCAACCUUUCUGGAAGUGGAACGGAUACAGUGCAAGACCUAUGCAUGUGUGUUAGAAAGUCAUCUCAUGGGACUCACCAUUGACUUUAGCACAGGAUUUAUCUGCUUUGAUGCUGCAACAAAGGCUAUACUUUGGAGGUAUAAGUUUUCUCAGCUUAAAGGUUCUUCAGAUGAUGGCAAGAGCAAAAUCAAAUUUUUGUUUCAGAAUCCAGAUACUAAGCAGAUUGAAGCAAAGGAGCUGGAGUUCUCAAAUCUGUUUGCUGUUCUUCACUGCAUUCAUUCAUUCUUUGCUGCCAAAGUAGCUUGUUUGGACCCUCUUUAUUUAGGCAAUCAGACUGCUGCUUCCACUGCUGCCAGCUCUGGUACUACAAGCAGAGCAAAGUAUACAACCUGACAUUCUGAGCUUGCAUUGCCACUUACCAUGACUAUAGAAACAGAAUAAACAUAGUCUUCAGUUUAGACCCUGGAAAAACAAUGGUAUCACCAAGUCAACAGUGAAUUCAGUUUGAAAUUUCAGCAGAAAACAAGGUCAUAAGGAAUCUCAAAAGCCCUUCUCUUUGGGAAGACAGUUGUGAAUAAUUUUAAAUGAACAUAACAGCUUGUUCUCAUUCAGCCCAUUUGUACCAGUAUUUCAUUGAAAGUGAAGACAAAAGAAUGAAUGAUUCAAAGUAUGUAAAUAAUAUAAAAAUUGUAAGCUACCUAUAAAUAAAAAUACCACUUAAAUGGUUAUUUCUGUAUUUUAGAUUAUUUUGUAUGACAAAUACAUGUUGGGCCAGAUCAUGAAC